AAGUUGCCGGGCGUUGCCAGUCCCGUAUAAAAGACAGCCCCGAUGGAAAAGAACCGUGUAUUUCUCCGUGAUAGAACGCGGCGAGAUGAAGGACGAUCUGAAGUAUCUCUCGGGAUUCGGUUGCGACUUCUCCAGCGAGGACGACCGCUGUCCUGGUGCUCUGCCCGUCGGCCAAAACAGCCCCCAAAAAUGCCCGUACGGGCUGUACGCCGAGCAAUUGUCCGGCACAGCGUUUACCGCUCCCCGGUCCUCGAACAAACGUUCCUGGUUCUAUCGAAUCCGACCGUCCGCCGUCCACGACCCCUUCGUCCCCGUCGCAGGGCCAUCCGGACUCGAGUACAACUGGGACACCGUUCGUCCGACGCCGAAUCAGCUGAGAUGGAAGCCGUUCGACGUGCCGAGCAGACAAGCCGCGGAGGUCGACUUCGUCGACGGAUUGCGCACGAUUUGCGGCGCCGGUGACUGUCGCGUGCGACAAGGGAUCGCGAUCCACGUGUACCUCUGCAACGCGUCGAUGGGCGACAGGGCGCUCUACAACGCCGACGGCGAUUUUCUGAUCGUGCCGCAACUGGGCGCAUUGCUGAUCACCACCGAGUUCGGCAAGAUCCGAUGCGAGCCGAACGAGAUAUGCGUGAUCCAGCAGGGCAUGCGGUUCCACGUGACGGUGUUCGGCCCGUCCCGGGGAUACAUUCUCGAAGUGUUCGACGGCCACUUUCAGCUGCCCGAACUGGGUCCGAUAGGAGCGAACGGUCUGGCGAAUCCGAGGGACUUUCAAACACCGGUUGCCCGAUACGAGGACCGUGAGACCGGUUACAAGAUUCUCGGCAAGUUCCAGGGCAAGUUGUUCGUCGCCGAGCAACGGCACAGUCCCUUCGACGUGGUGGCCUGGCACGGGAAUUACGCGCCGUUCAAAUACAAUCUCGACAGAUUCAUGGCCGUUAAUUCGGUCUCUUUCGAUCAUUGCGACCCCUCCAUCUUCACCGUUCUGACGUGCCCGUCGUUGAAAACGGGAACAGCGGCGGCCGAUUUCGUCAUCUUCCCGCCCCAAUGGUCCGUGCAGCAACACACUUUCCGCCCGCCCUAUUACCAUCGAAAUUGUAUGAGCGAGUUUAUGGGCCUCGUGAAGGGACGCUACGAAGCCAAAGAGGAAAGUUUUCAUCCGGGCGGAGCGACGCUGCAUUCGAUUAUGACGCCUCACGGGCCGGAUACGCGCUGUUUCGAAACCGCUUCGAACCGCGAACUCGGGCCCGUUCGCAUCGCCGACGGGACCAUGGCUUUCAUGUUCGAGACUUGUUACAGUUUGGUGGUCACCGAAUGGGCGACCACGGUCUCCAACAAACUCGACCGCGAUUACAACAAGUGCUGGGAACUUCUUGAGAAGCACUUCGAACCGAACGCCAAGCCCGAAACCACCGAGCCUUGAUCGCUCGUAAUCGUUUCCCUCGGAUGUGUAACGUUCCGUGACCAAACAUCAUCUAUGUUGUAAAUAAAUGUUAAGCGAGUAUUA